CCUGCAGCCCUCGGAUUCUGAGCGAAAGCAGCAGCAGCAGUGGUAGACCAAUAACACGCAGAAUGCUUUCUUACCACACGAAAAAUUGUGUGUGUUCUUGUGGGGUAAGCUGUGACGGGGGGGAGGGGGGCGAUAGGCACGUAAAACCGAGAGCCAAUGAAUGAUUUCCCCGCUUUUUCGUUUCUUUUCUCGUGCAACAGUGUUGGUCGUUCGGGGCCGGGUAUUCAUUCGAACGAGUGAAGACAUUGGAAUCUACGUUGACAAUACAUAAGAGUGAGUGAUUGCAGUUCUACACAAUGAGCAGAUAGACGAAAGAGGACUGAGAAGGGGCCGGGCUAUGAUGACACAGCAAGUUUUUUUUUGCGUGGUUUGGGUGGUUGCCCCGAUGACACACUUGAAAAAUAGCUUGAUUUUUGUCAUCAUUGCGCUUGCAAGCCUGGUUUCGCGCCUUGGCGUGUAUUUGGAGGGAGGAUUGGAUCCCGAGGCCGUUUAGUUGGUUUUGUAUAGAAAGAGGGUACAGAUUUAAACGAAAAAAAACGUGAGUUGAGUUCUCUGUGUGGGCGGAAGGAGUGAUGGUACGGGUUGAGCAGACGGGGGCCUGCGCGCACACGAUGUGUGUUUUUAUCGGCGACUUAUUUUUGCGUUUUGCUUUGCAUGCUUCGGCUUUCUUUGUUUUGCAUGUGGUGACAAGAGUACGCAGUACAUUGAGGACGAAAUAAUUCAGGCAACGAAGAUGUGUACAACGCACUGAUUGCUUCUCUCUCUUUUGUUUUGGGGAAGAAAAACGAAGGUCAGAUGAUGACUGUUUUCUUUCUUUUGCUCCCCCCGAGCGGGGCACCAAAAUGCUUGCUGCACGAAUCGCGCGGUGUUAGCUCUCCUCAUGGUAU